CUCUAUCCUCUGCUUACAAUGAAGGCUUCUCUUACCUCCCGUCCUUCCUUUUGCUACCAUUGACGACACGUUCAUCGUCAAGUCACAACAGGCACAAUGAUGCGCACCCUCACCGUCAGUCGGUUCCUCACUCUCCUUCUAUACGCGGUCCCUUCCCUCUACCUCGCUCUUCGCUCCAAUAUCUUGCUGUCCGAAAUUGCCCUUACUCUCUCCUCAAUAUCGGAGGGUGCUGAGCCCUCAACGGUGCGCGUACCCAACGAGAGCAGGAGAAAGAGACAUGCUUCUCUUCCAAAUGGGCUGGCCCACUGCAUCAACUCCUUCGAGCAGUACCCUUUUCUUGCAGAGCAAAUAAUUCAGCGGAAGUAUGGGCGAUUUGCAAAGCAGACGCCCGCGCAGAAGGCGUUGAGCAACAAGCUUGGCUACGCAGAGCACUUCACGAAGGCCAGAGAGGGUAUCGAGACGAAUGCCCAAUUCACCAAUAAAGUGGCUCGAAUUGCGAGGGAGAAGUAUCACACCGGCCCCCAAGCGCUGGGCGCCACAGAUGACGCCGACUUUGGCCUUGUCGACAUGACGUUUGGUCAUCUCUCGCGGGACUGGACGUCGCAGGGCACAAGGGAGAGGCAGGCCGUGUUUCCGCCCAUAUUGGAUGGCCUCAACCGUCAUUUCAAUGUCAAUGGGAACAGCAAGAAGGUACUUGUUCCUGGGAGCGGUAUGGGCAGGCUGGCAAGCGACAUUGCUGACCUCGGCUACGACGUGACGGCCAACGAGAUGGACUACAGCUCCAUCUUGACCUACCACCUGCUAGCCAACCAUACGACAUCACUACACCAGCACAGUUUGCAGCCCUUUGUCACCAAGUGGACGCACCAGGCCAACCCGUCGUCACGCUACUCUACCCUGACAUUGCCGGACCACUGGCCAAACAAGGCCGUCCAACUGGUCGAGGGUGACUUUCUGGACAUAUUUCCUCAGGACAGUAAGUUUGACGCCGUCGUCACGCUGUUCUUCAUCGACAUGGCAAACAAUACGAUUGACUUUUUGAGCAACAUACACCGGCUGCUGAAGCCCGGUGGGGUGUGGAUCAAUCUUGGACCGCUGAAAUGGGGCACUCACUCUGCGCUCCAACUGUCCACAGAGGAAGUGCUGCAGCUAGCCGAUCUGCUCGGCUUCGACGUGGACCAUACGUCGAGGAAGAGCAUCGACAGCCUGUAUGCCGAGCAGCCAGAGACGCUGCUCAAGUUUACCUAUGUCACGCAGUUCUGGCAGGCGACGAAAAGGAUGUAAGACAAGCGGGUUGGGAUUGUGUGAGAAACCCUGAGCGUAUUGUGUAGCACGGCAUGAUGCACAAUCUUGCCACAUCUAUAUCGAACCUAUAUAAGGGACUAGAGUUUGGCACAUCAUUUUUAGCUCGAGCGCAUCUCGUUGCUCCUCAAUGAUACAUAUCGCGACAUCAAGCCCUCCAUAGGUUCCUCGUAGCUCGUCAACUCCCAUCCAAAUGUCUUCUCCGUCGCUGACGCAUCAAGUAGCCACUUGAUCGACGACAGCAAUUCUUCUAGGAGAAGGACGCUAUCC